AUGUCUAUGGAUAUUGAAAAAGAUAAUCCGAUCCAUUUAAAAAUGGACAAGUCUACUAAAAUUAAAAGUUACGAGAGUGGUAAUAAUGACAUAGAAUUAGAAACUUUCAAUGACAAUCUUAACAACCAAGAGCUAAAUGAAGAGAAUAUCACCGGUGAUUACGAAGAAGCUGAAUUGAAAAGGGGAUUGAAAGCCAGACAAGUAGCGAUGUUAGCAUUAGGUGGUACCAUUGGAACGGGAUUGUUCAUUUCGAUUUCUCAACCCUUAGCUGAUGCUGGUCCGGUAAAUACUUUAAUUAGUUACUCCUUUUUGGGGAGUUUAGUUUAUUUUGUCACACAAAGCUUGGGUGAAAUGUGUACGUUUAUCCCAGUAUCCUCAAGCGUUACCGUGUUUUCCCAGAGAUUUCUAAGUCCCGCCUUUGGGUUCGCUAAUGGAUGGAUGUAUUUUUGGAAUUGGGGGAUCACAUAUGCAGUAGAAAUCUCAGUUGUCGGUCAAAUUAUCCAAUAUUGGCCAAGGGGUCAAAUAGUUCCUCUCUGGGCUUGGAUUUUAAUUUUUUGGGUGCUUGUCACGAGUUUUAACUUUUUCCCCGUCAAAGUUUACGGUGAAAUUGAGUUUUGGCUAGCGCUGAUUAAAGUUAUUACAAUUAUUGGCUACUUGAUUUUUGGGCUAUGCGUUGUCUGUGGUGCUUCAAAACAGGGACCAAUUGGGUUUCGUUAUUGGAGAAAUCCAGGUCCUUGGGGCCCAGGUAUUAUUUCCAAAAACAAAAAUACUGCAAGAUUUUGUGGCUGGGUCUCUUCGUUAGUCAAUGCGAGUUUUUCUAUGCAAGGUGUUGAAACGGUUGGUGUACAGGCGGGUGAAGCUGCCAAUCCAAGAAAAACUGUUCCCAAGGCAAUCAACAAAGUUUUCUAUAGAAUCAUUCUGUUCUACAUAGGCUCCAUCUUCUUCAUCGGCCUACUAGUUCCAUAUAAUGACCCACGAUUGUCAUCUACCACUUCUUAUAUUGCUUCUUCUCCUUUUGUUAUUUCCAUCCAAGAAGCUGGCAUUAAAGGAUUACCAAGUUUAUUCAAUGCAAUUGUUGCUUUGACUACAAUUUCAGCGGCAAACAGCAAUGUGUAUAUUGGUUCUAGGGUUAUAUAUUCGUUAUCAAUGAAUAAUUGUGCUCCAAAAAUCUUUAAAAUCUGUAACAAAUUAGGAACACCUUACUAUUCCGUAAUUGCAGCAUCUCUUUUAGGUUUGCUGGGAUUUUUAGUUGUUGACGCAAACUCCAACAAGGCGUUUAAUUGGUUAAUUAACAUUAGUAGUUUAUCUGGUUUAAUUGCAUGGUUUUUUAUUUUACUUUGUCACAUUAGAUUUAUGACGGUUUUAAAACAUAGAGGUAUUUCUAGAGACGAUUUACCAUUCAAAGCCAAGUUAAUGCCUUUUGGCGCCUAUUUUGCAGCAUUUUUCAUUUUCAUUAUUAUUUUCAUUCAAGGUUUCACUGCAUUUGCUCCCAAAUUUGACGUUGCUUCUUUUUUUACUGCUUAUAUUUCGUUAAUGUUAAUGGGUGUUAUAUGGAUAGGAGCUCAAAUAUAUUAUAAAUGUCGGUUCUUGACCAGAAUUGAGGAUAUAGAUAUUGACACGGGGAGAAGAGAGGCCGAUGAUAUUAUUUGGGAAGAUGAACCACCAAAGACUUUAUGGGACAAAUUUUGGAUUAUUUUUGCUUAA